AUGGAGAAGAUGAAUAAUGUGACAGAAUUCAUCCUCUUGGGCCUGACCCAGAAUGGGAAGCUUCAGAAGGUUUCUUUUGUUGUGUUUCUAAUUGUCUACUUGUUCACCCUGGCAGGGAACCUGCUCAUCAUGAUCACCAUAAACACCAACAGGGCUUUAGGAUCCCCUAUGUACUUUUUCCUGUCUUACUUAUCCCUUAUAGAUAACUGCUGUUCUUCAUCCAUGACCCCCAAAAUGCUAGCUGACACUCUUGCUGUCAGAAAAACCAUCUCUUUCAGGGGUUGUAUGACUCAAGUCUUUGCUGAACACCUUUUUGGUGCUGCUGAGAUCAUCUUACUGACUGUGAUGGCCUAUGACCGCUAUGUGGCCAUCUGUAAACCCCUGCACUACUCAACCAUCAUGAACCACAGGCUGUGCAUUCUCCUAGUGGGAGUGGCCUGGGCUGGAGGAUUUGUCCAUGCAACCAUUCAGAUCCUCUUCACAGUCUGGCUGCCCUUCUGUGGUCCCAAUAUCAUAAACCACUUUAUGUGUGACUUGAAUCCUUUGUUGAAACUUGCUUGCAUGGACACUCAAACCAUUGGUCUCUUUGUUGCUGCCAACAGUGGAUUCAUAUGCUUGUUAAACUUCAUCCUCUUAAUGGUCUCCUAUGUGGUCAUCCUUUACUCCCUAAGGGCCCACAGCUCAGAGGGGAGGCACAAAGCCCUCUCCACCUGUGUCUCUCACAUAGCAGUGGUCAUAUUAUUCUUUGUCCCAUGCAUAUUUGUGUAUCUGCGUCCAGUGACUACCUUCUCCACUGAUAAAGCCAUAGCUGUAUUUUAUACCAUGAUUACUCCCAUGUUAAAUCCAUUAAUCUACACCCUUAGAAACACAGAAAUGAAAAAUGCUAUGAAGAAGCUCUGGGGUCAAAACAAAGUUUCAAAUGAGAAACAAUCAUACCAAUUUAAAAAGACUUUAUUUUUUAAAUGGUGA